CUGUCAUUGGAUUAGGGGAAGGAUGCUGCUUCAUAGAUAAUCAAGAUUAGAGAAACUGGAUGUGCUGCAAAUAAUAAGGAUUGGACAUUAGAAGAAAGUUUAUCAGUAAUGUUCUGUUUCUUUUUUCAUUGCUUCACACCUAUAGAGGUGUUGUAGAGAUUUCUGCAACAGAGUUGUUCUCCACCUUGGAGUCUUUAUCAAGUCCCUGAAACGACAGUGUUUAAGAACCCCAUCACCACUAAUCAAAAUCCGAAUCCUUAACAAGCCAAGGCAAUUUGGGCUGCAUAAAUUUAGGCCUUAUUUAGUUGAGGACCAAGUCAAACUUGAACACCUGCUACACAAUUUGCUGACAUGAUCGAUACCCAGAUGCUGUUUGGACAUUUGCAGUUGCAGACUUGAUCUCCAUUAACUACCCAACAGUUCGAGGCUUUACAGAUUGCUUAAGCGGCUUAAAAUCCAAUUACUUGUGCAAGGAAAAGAAACCUGGUAUGGCUCUGGGAGAGAUAUUUCUUGCCACUUUCCUUCAGGUCUUGUUUAGCAGAUUGGCUUCUCUAGAGCUGUUGAAAUUUGCAAGCCUAGUUGGAAUUCAGAAGAAACUGCAGAAGUGGGCCCAAAUGCUGUCAGCAAUUCAGGCAGUGCUUGAAGAUGCAGAGGAGAAGCAACUAACUGAUAAAGCUGUCAAACUGUGGUUGGAUAAUCUCAGAGACUUGGCCUAUGAUGUGGAAGAUAUGCUAGAUGAGUUUGCAGUUGAAGCUAUGAGAUGCAAAUUGAAGGGAUCAGAUGAAGCGAGCAAAAAUCAGGUACAGAAACUUGUCCCUGCUUGCUGUAACAUUUACAGAGCAAAGGCUGUCAAGUUUAGUCUUAGAAUGGGAUCCAAGAUGGACAGAAUAACUAGCAGACUAGCUGAUAUUUUGAAACAAAAAAUCCAACUUGGUUUAGAAAAAAUCCCAGGAGGGCAAUCUACUAAUCAAUGGCAGAGACUACCUAGUACAUCUGUGCCGACAGAAACUCAAGUUUAUGGCAGAAGUGAAGAUAAAGAAAAGAUGCUUGAUUGGUUGUUAAGGGAUGAAUCAAAUGAUGUCAAUUUUCAAGUUAUUUCUAUUGUUGGUAUGGGUGGGGUGGGAAAAACAACACUUGCUCAGCUACUAUACAAUGAUGAUGCAGUAGGACACUUUAAUCCAAAAGCAUGGGUUUGUGUAUCCGAGGAGUUUGAUGUUUUGAGAAUAACUAGGACAAUUCUUGAGUCAGCUACUUCAUUGCCUUGUGAUCUAAAGGACUUUAAUCAAAUACAAGUUAAACUAAGAGAUGCUUUAGCUGGGAGAAAGUUUUUGAUCGUUUUAGAUGAUGUUUGGAACAAGAACUAUAGUGAGUGGAACAGGCUACAGCCACCAUUUCGAGUUGGAGCACCAGGAAGUAAAAUAAUUGUAACAACACGGGACAGCAAUGUUGCUUUGUUAAUGGGAACCACUAAAAUUCACUGCUUGGAGCAAAUGUCAAAUGAUGACUGUUGGUCAGUAUUUGCACAGCAUGCAUUUGAGAAUAAAGACCUAACUGCACAACCAAAUCUAGAAAUAAUUGGCAGAAAAAUUGUUAAGAAGUGUAAAGGCUUGCCUUUGGCCGCAAGGACACUUGGGGGCCUACUACGAUGCAAAGAAAGAGAUUGCGAGUGGGAAGAUAUAUUAAAUAGCGAUUUAUGGAGUCUAUCAGAUGAGGAAAGUGAAAUUCUACCUGUUCUGAGGUUGAGCUAUCACCAUCUCCCUUCUCAGUUGAAGAGGUGCUUUUCCUUCUGUUCAGUCCUCCCGAAGGACUAUGAAUUUGAAGAGAAGGAGCUGGUCUUGUUAUGGAUGGCAGAAGGUUUGGUUCAACAACCUGAAGAGAAUAAGCAAAUAGAAGAUGUAGGUGGUGAAUACUUCUGUGAGCUAUUAUCAAGGUCAUUAUUUCAACGAUCAAGUAGGGAUCAGUCAAAAUUUGUGAUGCAUGACCUCAUCAGUGAUCUAGCUCAAUGGGUUGCAGGAGAUGUAAGCUUCACAUUGGAGGAUAAAGUGGAUGGUAACAAGAUGAAAAUUUCCCCAAAGGCUCGCUAUUCAUCGUACAUUUGUGGCCAAUAUGAUGACUUAAAAAAAUUUGAGCCCUUUUCUGAUGCCAAAGGUUUGAGAACUUUCUUGCCUUUUUCUCCGCCUUAUCCUGGAAAAAGCUAUCUCACCAGCUACGUUCCUUCUGAUUUGUUGCCAAAGUUAAGAUGCUUGAGGAUUCUAUCUUUAAGUGGAUAUAACAUCACUGAGCUGCCCAAUUCAAUUGGUAAGUUAAAGCAUCUAAGGCACCUCAACCUUUCUCACACAAACAUUAGAAAUAUACCUGAGUCAGCAAGUUCUCUACAUAGCUUGCAGACACUGCUUUUAAGAGAUUGCACUCUGCUCAAGAAUUUGCCUGCAAAAAUGGGGAACCUAAUCAACUUACGGCAUCUUGAUAUUACAAAUGGAGAAUCAAUAGAAGGAAUGCCACUAGGAAUGAAUAAACUGACCAAUUUGCAAACCUUAUCUGACUUUGUUGUUGGCAACGAUAAAGGAUCUAGUUUAAAAGAGUUGAUGGAGUUGUCAUUUCUCCGUGGAACACUUUGCAUUUCAAAAUUGGAAAAUGUGGCUGAUGCUAGUGAUGCAAGAGAGGCCAACUUAAAGAACAAACAAGGUCUAGAUAUGUUGCUUCUGAAAUGGUGUUCUGGAUUUGAUAAUUCACGAAAUGAAAGAGUUGAAAACAAUGUGCUCGAUAUGCUACAACCACCUACAAAGUUGAAAGAGCUGACUAUUCAAUGUUAUGGUGGAACCAAGUUUCCAAUUUGGUUAGGAGAUCCUUCAUUCCGUGAGGUGGUGUCUAUAAGGCUCGAGAAAUGUGAGAACUGCACAUCCUUGCCGCCACUUGGGCUCUUAGCUUCUCUUAAAGAUCUGAGUAUCAUAGGAAUGUCGGGCAUAAAAAGUAUCGGUGCUGAGUUUUAUGGGGGGAAAUGCUCAAAGCCAUUUCCAUCACUUCAGAUAUUAUGCUUUCAGGACAUGAGAGAAUGGGAACUUUGGGUUCCUUACGGAACUGAUAAUGAAGAGUUCCCCAGCUUGCGUGAUCUUUGGAUUGAGAACUGUCCCAAACUAACAGGAAGAUUACCAAACUAUCUUUCAUCAUUGGAAAAACUUGUCAUUCUUGAAUGUGAGAAACUAGUAGUUUCAAUUCCAAGCAUUCCAAUGCUUUCCAAACUACAAAUUAAAGGAUGCAAAGAGGUGGCGCAUGGAGGUUUGGUCAAUUUCAGCUCCCCAAACUCCAUGGUAGUUUCAACCAUUUCAGAGCUCACAUGUCUCACAGAAGAAUUCAUCCAAGUGUUAAAAAAUGUGGAGGAUUUGAAGGUCUUUGGUUGUAAAGGGCUCAUAUCAUUGUGGCAGAAUGACAUAAAGUCACGCCAAUGGCUCACUUUCCUUCAUAAUUUGGUCAUCGAGGACUGUCCCAAGUUAGUUUCUUUGGUGGCGGAAGAAGAUGAAGAGCAGCUGCAACAGUCGUGGGGCUGUGAACUUCAAUCUCUUGAAAUAAGGCGUUGUGAAAGUCUGGUGAUGCUGCCCCAGUUCUUGCAUAGCCUCAUUUCUCUUAGAGAGCUAGUUAUUGAGUCAUGCCCAAAGUUCAUUUCCUUCCCAGGGGCUGGUCUUCCUCCCAUGCUAAGAGGGAUUCGGAUUAAAAAUUGCAGUGCUCUAGGUCCCUUACCUGCUGCAGUGAUUUGGAACAGUGCAUGCCUUGAAAACUUGUACAUUGAAGGAUGUUGUUCUUUGAUGUCCUUUGCUAGAAGCCAACGGUUGGAUAUUUAA